CUGAAAACUGUAUAACUGCGGCGACUGAUGGCGAAGAAGAUGGCGGCGGUGCUCUAUCACUACCCUUGCCCCGAUGGAGCUUUUGCGGCGUUGGCUGCUCAUCUCUUCUUUUCUGCGACAUCGACUUCCGUCCGCUUUUUCCCCAACACCGUCUAUGCUCCCCUUAGACCGGACCAGCUACCCCUCCAUGAAAUUCGCGACCUUUACCUUCUCGAUUUUAUUGGCCCUCCUGGAUAUCUUCCCCUAAUUGCUGCCCAAGUUGAAAGAGUUGUGGUGUUGGACCAUCACAAGACUUCAUUUGAGGUGUUCCAGAGUGAGGGAGCUAAUUGUGUUAAUGUUUCUACUUGUCCUGUAUUUGGUGAAAACCUGUGCGGGGUGUUGGAUAUACAGAGGAGUGGUGCUACAAUUGCAUAUGACUAUUUCAAAGAACAAUUACUUCAUCUUGCGGCUGCAAGUGAAAAUGAUGACACAAAAAACUGUACUGGUUGCUCUAGUUCAUCAGUAUUGUCUGAAGCACUUCAUCAAUUUCAGAAAGCUAAAACAAAAUUUCAGUACAUUGAAGAUGGUGACCUUUGGAAUUGGGCUCUUCCAAAUAGUAAAGCUUUCAGUAGUGGGCUGAAAGAUUCAAAUAUUGAAUUUGAUGUCAACCGUAAUCCUGCCUUGUUUCAUCAGCUGCUUUCGUUGGAUUUGGAUGUUGUCAUUAAUCAAGGAAUGACGACUUUAUCUGAGAAGCAAAAACUUAUUAAUGAGGUUCUUGAACAAUCCUUUGAAAUUGAGCUUGGAGGUGGAUCAUUUGGACGAUGUCUGGCUGUGCAUGCGGAUCAUAUUUCCCAUCUUCGUAGUGAGCUUGGAGGCCAAUUGGCCAGGAAAAGUUAUGAUAGCAAGUUAAGGGGCAUAGGAGCUGUUGUAUAUAAAGUCCCUGAGCUUGCGGAUGACUGCUUGUUGAAGAUAAGUCUUAGAAGUGGGGAAGGCGAAGACACCACAACCAUCUCACAGAAAUUUGGUGGGGGAGGGCACAAAUGUGCAAGUUCAUUUAUGUUAAACUCAACCGAAUUUGAAAAGUGGAAGUUAAAACAAAGCUAAUUUUGGAGUUAUUACAAUCAUGGACUACAAAGUCAACGAAUCCAAAGAAGUUGGACUUAAUUGAGGGUAUUGUUAGAAUAUGGUGUUGUAAAGAUCCAAUUUUUGACCAAAUGCAUUAUUUAAUUUAAAUAAUUUGUUAUUGAUGA